AUGCCUCCUGUAACGCAAGAUGGUCAAGUGUUCAUGCGAGAAGCGUCGAACGCCUUCAUAUCUCGUGAAACCUUCGUUCUUGUCACACAAAUUGCUAUGUACAUGUAUUAUUCGCCUUUGCGGAGCCUGGACUCGAUUCGUAUCGUCGUCCUUAACGCAGCUGCGGAUGCCCAGUCUCCCCUCCAAUGUUCCUUAGUUCAAUACGAUAAAGCGGAGCAGAUGAAGAACUUCGGCACGAAAAAGGACUUUGAGGCCAUCUCAUACACUUGGGGAGAGGCGCCACCGUCCUGCCAGUUGCUGAUUGAUGGGUCAUUUUCGUUCGACAUCAGCCCAACAGUCGAUUCACUCUUGAGAGCUCUGCGACAGCCCCAUACAACCAGAUCUCUUUGGAUUGAUGCCAUUUGCCUCAAUCAGCAAGAUACCGGCGAGAAAGCGCAACAACUUACUCGCAUGGGCCGGAUCUACAAAAGAGCGAAAGAAGUCCACAUAUGGCUCGGUGACCCAGACGACAAGACAGCAGCAAUCUUCUCUGCCAUUCGCAUGAUGCAGACGAUCCCAGACAUAAAACAAGUGAAAAGAAUGGCUGAAGCAACAUUGAAAAUCACUAAGAGCCAACUUGGGGCUGAUCACAUCCUUCACCUCAAGCGCUUCCUCUCCCGGCCUUGCUUCUCACGCCGUUGGAUCAUCCAGGAGGCGUGCUUAGCGAAAGAGGCCAAAGUCCACUGCGGAACAUCCUCUCUCGGUUUGCCUUGGUUUGUCGCUGUUGCUCGGCGUCUGGAGUGUAUCGAACAGCUAUACGGGUUCCAGUACCACUACCAGAUUCUAAUGAUGAAGAGUUUGAGCGAAGAGCGGAAGCCGAUCCUCCAGCUACUCUGGAAUUUUCACGCUGCCAAGUGUAGGGAGCCAGAGGAUCGGAUUGCUGCUUUAUUCGGUUUAAUACCGGAUCAUGAGCAAAUCAUGGACCAGCAAAGUUACCUUGAUCUUCGACAACACUGGUCAGUUCUGUACCGAAGGCUCGCACUGGCGAUGUUCCAGCGUGGUCAGAAGACUGCUUUACAGAUGCUCCUUCACUUGGCCGAGUUCGGACCGCUUGAUGAAUUUGACGAUUAUUACCCGUCAUGGGUUCCGAACUGGACCAAAGAACGGCGUAGAAAUCUACCAUUCUACAAUAUGAGCAGCAAUGUCGAUGCCUUUGACUAUCCCGAGAAGCCUGGGUUUCCAGAAGUUGCUGUUGUUAUGGACUUGGAUCACGCCUCCACAUUCGCCAUGCCACAUGUCAACCCUAUUGGAGACGAGUGGGUUGUGCAAGAGAUCACCGUGGGAACACCAAACUGGACGGAUGAUCGUACCACGCGGUUUUUGUUCAAGCAGGAUCGAAUAUUCAUCCGCUGGUACGAUUCCUCGGGUGGCCGCGGAGGCCGUACUGUCGACAACUUCAUGUUCGCGGAUGCACCUAAUGAGUACCCCGAGUCCUUCUCUCCGUUGCAUGAACUCGCCAUUCUCUGGCGCAAGUUCUUCCCGCCUAACUUCUCAUACGCGGAAGGCGACUCGGAGAAGAUUGAGACCAUUGCGAUGCUAUUCGGGACGAUAUUGCGCUUUCGCAACCCCGCCAAGACACCGCCUGAGCAGAAAUCAUCCAAAAUACCCUCAAAUAUCUGGGCAAGCUACAGCGACAUCAACUCACCUCCGACCAGGCAAAGCUCAUAG